CGCAAUGUUCAUGUGAGAUACUUUUAUUAUAUAAGCAUUUUCCCUGUGGUAUAUGUUUAUUUUAUAACAAAACCAAGUCCAUAGAUAUAGUCAGAUAAAUUAAUCGAUUCUUUAAAAGAGGGGAAUAAUCGAUAAAGGUUAGUCAUAUACUCAAAUUCAUCUCCAUUUCUCCACGAACUCACGAAUAACACAACAUGCAACCAACUACCAACAACACAAGACUAUAAUCGAGAGUGGAGAAUAAUCAAUUCAUAAAAACCGGGCGCCUUCACUUAUCGAACCACUUUUGUGUUUUGCUGUUGUUGCCAUCGAGGAGUCGUGACAUGCAACGAUGUUAGUCUGCUAACAUAUCACUCCGCCUCUCUGUUAUUUCAAAUCUCUUUCCAAAUCCAUCUCUUCUGAAUUUACACUAACUAACCUAUUGUAUUCGAGAUUUAUAAUUUAUUUUACACUUUAUUAACUUUCUUUUAUGUAUGUUUUUGUUUUUGUGUGAGAAGAAAUAUAACAUCACUAUUUAAUUACAAUAUUAUUAUAUUUAAUGUGAAAUUUUUGUGGGUAUCCACAACCAACCCGCACCAACCGGCAGCGGGUAGUGGUUAUACCACUACCCACUGCAGACGGGUUGUGGGUAGCAUAAUUCUAUAUUUAUUGGUGUGGUUACCCGCAAAAUGUGGGGUGGGUUACACCUAACAACAUCAAACACCUAUGACCUACCAAUGGAUAUUGAGUUGGAAUCAGGCAGACACAUUCGGCGACGACGACCCUUGCCACCGCCACUCCGAUGCAACAUAACCAAGUGGAAGCUUCAAUGCAACGACUACAAUGGCAAAGGCGGCGACCCCAAUUCCUCCACAAGGUCUUCUUCUUCCCCCGACCAAUAAUCAUACAUUCCAAAAUUUCUCAACCUCCUGAAUACUCUUGUCUUCGAACAAUAACUACUUCAAGCCUUUGAACGACGAGCGAGGAUGACUGCCAGAGACUCGAUGGUGGUGGAAACGAAGGAGAACGUCAGGGCGAACGGCGAUGGGCCCGGAUCCGAGGCCAGGAAGAUGAGGAAGCUCGAUUCAGAGGAGGCGAAUUCGAUAGUCAGACUAGAUAAUUCCACCGACGAUCCCUCGACGAGGAUGUUAAAACGUCCCCGAUUGGUGUGGACUCCGUAAUUGCACAAGCGAUUGGUGGACGUGGUGGCAUAUCUAGGUCUUUGUGGAUGAAUUGCUUGCCAUUCUGGGUUGUUGGGUUCACAUGCCAUUCUCCAAAUUCUAGGUCAAUAAACCAAUCCAGUGCGAAACCUUCACAUCCCCGACAUCGGAGUUUCCCACAACGUUCAAUGACCGAUCCUGCUCGAAGCUCUCAUACGCCGCACCGGUGGGAUGUCGCCGCUGGUGAGAACCACAAUAUUGACCGCCGCCGCCAUGAAAAUCAGCAGGGAUUCGUGCCCUAAUUUGGCCGCGAGAAGAACAUUGAGACCCAACGGUGGGGAGGGCGAAGAAGACUAGAAGGUGGGGCCUCAUUUUUUCUAUUUUUUUUUAAAUUGACAUGUCAUUAUUUAACGAUCCGUUUGCACGUCGUAAAAAAACUGACAGAGGCAAUGGAGACUAAUUGCCAAUGACUAACAGUGAAAUGAACCAUAAAGUUAAUAACGAAUAUGAAAGAAAAAUAAUUUAUAACGCAAACGUGAAAGAUUUAUAUAAUUUGAGUGACCAAACAUGUAAUAUUUUUUUUUCUUCAUUAACGUUCAAAUUCCCGCCUGUCUCACCUCUCAUUUUGUUUUGUUUUUUCCCCCCUUCUCUCGCCAUCUUUUCUCUUUUGACCAAAAUCAUUCUACUCCCCACUCUCGCAGCAAGCACUGUAGGCGUAUCCACUGGCUGUCCUCAACGGGCGAAAACAGACGCCAUAGCGGUAACUUCGCUCCGAUCUCUGCAUCUUGUUGCAACACAGCGGCCGAGGCAUCGUCGGUUUCUGGCGAAUUAAACCCUAGCGGUUUUCACUUCACCGCCCAGCCAAGCAUGAACCGUUUCCACAUCUACGAAGCUAUUGGCCGCGGCAAGUGCUCGACUGUGUAUAAAGGGAGGAAGAAGAAGACGAUUGAGUACUAUGCAAUUAAGAGUGUAGAUAAAUCGCAGAAGAGGAAGGUUCUUUACGAAGUUAAGAUUCUUCACUCUUUGGAUCACUCAAACGUGCUGAAGUUUAACUCCUGGUACGAGACUUCUGCUCAUUUGUGGUUAGUUUUGGAGUAUUGUGUUGGAGGAGAUCUCAGGACAUUGUUACAGCAGGAUAGUCAGGUACCGGAAGACUCAGUUCAGGAUUUCGCACUUGACUUGGUGACAGCCUUGCAGUAUUUACACUCAAAGGGGAUCAUCUAUUGUGAUUUAAAACCAUCAAAUAUCCUCUUGGAUGAAAAUGGACUCUUAAAGCUUUGUGACUUUGGAUUGGCAAAGAAGCUAAGUGAUAUAUCUAAAACACACUCUUCGUCAACAGAAGCCAAAUGUGGAACGCCCUGUUACAUGGCUCCUGAGCUGUUCGAGGAUGCAGGUGUCCAUUCCUAUGCUUCUGAUUUUUGGGCCCUUGGUUGUGUGCUAUAUGAGUGCUAUGCAGGGAAACCUCCUUUUGUGGGGAAAGAGUUCACCCAGCUAGUGAAGUCCAUUGUCUCAGAUCCAACUCCACCACUUCCUGGCAAUCCAAGUAGACCCUUAGCGAACUUGGUCAACUCUCUCUUGGUCAAGGAUCCUGCUGAAAGGAUUCAGUGGAGUGAGCUCUGUGGGCAUGCUUUUUGGAAAAGCAAACUUCCUCUGAUGUCAUUACCACCACAACCUGCUUUUGAUAGCAUGAUUGAAUUUUAUGCUAGGCCAUGCCUGUCAGAACACAACAGAGACAGAUCUCUUCAAAACAAAACCCCCACGAAAGGUCGUGAAAGAGAUGCAAGAGUGACUCCAAGAAAAGAUGAGAAUUCACAGUCGGGAUUAAGAGGUUUUGAGACCCCAGUCAAGGGAACACCUGGCAGCAAAAGACCAACAAAGGCCUCCGGCAGAGCAGUUGAGGAGAAGCAGAAAGAUAAUUCUUCUGCUAACAGACGCAUUAAUCUGUUAAGGUUAUCAAGAGUAGCUAAGACAAAUUUGCAGAGGGAGAAUGAGAAGGAAAACUUCAGGAGGCCCUUGGCUAAUGCCUCUGAGAACGAUUCAGAGAUUAAAAUGGAGAACACAGAUAUGGAGUUUGAUUUCAAUGAGAACACAGAAGAUGACACACAAGAUGAACCCGAAGGGAGUGAGAAUUCAAUUUGUACUCCUGGAAGGGUUGAUAACCAUGUUCAGCCAAUGGACAUUUCUCCUGUAACCAACACCCCUGCAUUAGAUGAUCAAGGAACAAAUGACUUAGAACCACCAUCAGAGACUGCUGACAUGGGAGGUGAUACUCCAGUCAGUGCCAGUCCUCAGCCUAAACAUCAGAGAGUUAAAGAAGGUUUGGGGUCGGCACAUGAAUUUGACUCCUCAAAGUCUUCUAAUAACAUCCCCGAAGUACUUUGGCAUCCAUCUGAUCUUUCAGUGAGACCUGUGAUGCCCAGCAGAAAAGGGGAUAAGACACAUGAGGCACCUCCUUCUCUUCCUUUUGAGGCAUUGCAGCCAACUGAAUUGUUGAAGAUGACCAAAGAGCAGCUUCAUUCAGUCAAUGCAAAAAUUGUAUCAAUAUUUAAUGGCAACACCAGUGUUGGGGAGAAACAGAAUGUAAUUAGAUACCUUGAGAUGUUGAGCAACAAUGCUGAGGUAGCUAACAUCUUCACUAAUGGACCAGUGAUGCUCAUACUCGUUAAAAUGCUUCGGUUGUCCAAGGCUUCAACAUUACGAGUGCAACUUGCAUCACUAAUUGGCUUGUUAAUUCGUCAUGCUACGUUUAUCGAUGAUGAUCUGGCAAAUUCUGGUAUAUUAAGUUCCCUUACAGAUGGCCUCAGGGACAGGCAGGAAAAAGUAAGGAGAUUCUCGAUGGCUGCUUUAGGUGAGUUACUGUUUUACAUAGCCACCCAGAAUGAUCAAUCUAAGGACAAUAAUCCAUCUGAAUCUCCGGCAAAAGACAACAGUAAAUCAGUUCCUGGCUGGCAGGUUCCGAACUCGCUCAUCUCAAUGGUAUCCUCAGUUCUACGUAAAGGAGAGGAUGAUAUAACUCAGCUUUAUGCCCUGAAAACAAUAGAAAAUGUAUGCAGUCAAGGGGGUCAUUGGGCUACACGAUUCACUAGUCAAGACGUGAUCAGUAACCUAUGUUACAUAUACCGUGCACCAGGAAAACAGGAGAGCAUGAGGAUGACUGCCGGUUCAUGUCUGGCUCGACUUGCCCGGUUCAAUCCUUCUAGCAUUCAAUCAGUCAUGGAGAAACUAUCCUUCAAGGAGGCAGCAGCUUCAAUUAUCAAAGGCAAUGCUCGUGAACAGCAGAUAAGUUUGAACCUCCUAAACAUGGCCAUGCUCGGAAGUCAUUUGUUCACAAACAUUGGAAGACAUCUUCUGCCUCUCGUUGAAGAUAAAAAUCUCGUGCCCUCUCUUGUUUCUCUUGCCGAGCAGGGUAGUGAAAUCUUGAAAGGGAAGGCACUAGUUCUCAUUGCACUUCUCUGCAAGAAUGGUAGGAGGUGGCUCACACACUUCUUCUGCAACGACAAGUUACUGUCUUCUGUGGACAGGCUGGCCAAAGAGAAAGAUGGCUUCCUCCAGCGAUGUCUUGAUGCAUUUUUGCAUGUUUUUUCAUCAAUUGUACCUAGCUUGUUGGAUUUGAUUGCCGGAGAUAUCCAGCAAAUGAUCGGAGGAAGACGGCAUGGCCAGAUAUCUGGCACUCCAAGUCAGGUUGCUUCUAAGACCAGCGUACACUUCUUCCCGUUUGUCCUUCUACUUCUUGGAAGUUUGUCCUUGAAGCUUAGGGUGGUGAACAGCCAUGUGCUGCAACAGCUGGCGACCCUCUUAAAACUUGUGGAGACUUCAUUUCAGGGGAGAGAUGACUUCCAAAUCACGCUUCUUCAAGUUCUCGAAUACGUUGUAGAGGAGUCUCCUCUGAUCUUAGCAAACCCUAAAAUCUUCGUCGGUGAAAUCCUCCCCAGCCUGGCUACUCUGUACAAGGGCAACAAAGACGGCCACGCCAGAUUCCUCUGUCUGAAAAUCCUAUUCCACGUCAUGGUCAUCUUCUUAAACGAACCAUCCCAAGACGACGAUAAACUCUCCAAAGCUCUGAACUCCAUAGCCAAUGUCCACUUCCUACCACUCUACCCCACUCUUGUAGAAGACGAGGACCCAAUCCCGAUCUUCUCCCAGAAGCUGCUCGUCAUGCUCAUCGACUUCAACUUCAUCAAAAUCUCCGACAUCCUACACGUCAAAACAGUCUCCCAGUGCUUCGAGUUCCUGCUCGGAGACCUCUCCAACGCAAACUUCAGCAACGUCAAGCUGUGUCUAGCCAUGGCCUCCGCCCCCGAAAUGGAAUCCAAACUUUUCUCUCAGCUCAAAGUAGUUCGAAGAAUUAGCAAUCUCCUGGAAUUCGUCUGCGCCAAAGACAUGGAAGAUUUCCUUGAGCCAACUCUCGGCCUAUGCAGAGCCUUCCUUCUUCGCUCACUCAACCGCGAACAGGGGUCCGCGUUCAGAACCCAACCCUCGCUCUUAACCGCCGCCGGUGGGCUUUCUUCCGGCGGCUCCGUGGACGGAAUACGAGACGUGAUGGACUUCAGCAGCAAUGUCGGUCUGUGGUUGGAACUCAGUUGUAACGCGUCGACGGAGCCGAACGUGGUCGAGUUAGCUUCCGAAUGCGUUGUCUUGUUACUGAAGGCAGCUCCAUGGGAAGCCACAACUGGGUUUCUAACCAACCUGCCAAAGGUCAGCACAAUCCUCGAGCCAUGGCGCAGGGGAGUCCCGCGCCUGAUUCUACUCCGGGCGCUGCAUGCUCUUUGCUAUGCUUGCCGGCAGUACUUAUCUCAUGCAAUGAUACUGUCGAUGUCAGUCGCUGAGGUUUCGAGGGUACAGGGGAUAGUUAUGGAGAUCAAGGGUUCCGCCGGCGGCGAUCUCUCCGACGCUGCUUCGCUUGCUGGGUUAGAGUUGCAGCGGCUGCCUUGGCACCUUUGAUGUACUGCUGAAGGUUUUUCUCUACUGUCAAUUCGUGUUUUCACUACUGCAUCUUUUUCAUUUAUUUACUCGUCUCUUUCUUUUCUCUUCCAGAUGCAGUAUUAUUGGCGAAGGGUUCAAUCAUUGGUAUAUUAUAUAUCUGCAGAUCCAGGUGAGUUCCAACUGUUGGGAAUGGUGUCAUUUUGGCCUCUUGCUGUAUGAUAAUUGUAUUCCCUGUAUCAACUCGAAAAGUGUCCAAUUUAUUUAUUACCUUUUCCCUUAAUUUUUUUUUUUUGCUUUUUCGCAGUGCUUUCUAUCUUUUCUACUUUAUACCUCUUUGUUUGGGUUCUUUUGUCUUUUGGAAUUGAUUCGCCUUAGGCUUUAGCAGCAGUACCUCCAUUAAUGCAUUGCUUAACAUCUAGAUUUACUGGAGUCCCUCUUUCAGAUCUCUCAUGAACUAUUAUUCAUUGUCCCACAUCAUUGAAUUACUUUCGAGGUAGUAAACCUUUUGCCUAUAU